AGAUGUUCAAAUUGAUGCAGCAGUUGGAAAGUACUGUGCCACACUUCAUUUGUUGCAUAAAACCGAACAAUAAGCAGGUUCCUGGCAUGUACAAUAAUGAUCUCGUCUUUGAGCAGCUCAGAAGCUACGGUCUUCUUGAGGUUGUUAGGAUCUCUAGGUCUGGGUAUCCUACUAGGAUGACGCAUCAAGAAUUCUGUAGAAGGUACAGCGUCCUUCUUCCAGAAAACCAUGAAUGCAAAGAUCCAUUCAGCAUGUCAGUUUCCAUUCUGCGGCAGUUUGAUAUCCUUCCCGAAAUGUACCAAGUUGGGUAUACAAAGUUAUAUUUCCGGGCAGGACAGAUUGCUGUGCUGGAGGAUGUCAGGAAACAAGUUAUGCUAGGCAAUCUGGAGGUGCAGAAGUGCUACAGUGGUCAUCAUGCUCGUCUUCACUUCCAUGAGCUUGAAGGAGGAGUGAUCAUACUCCAAUCAUUUGUUCGUGGUGAAAUUGCUAGAAGGCAGUAUAAGGUUUCUCUGGAGUCGAAACGAAAAGUUGCUAACAAAGAAAAUGAUGAGCAGCUGCUGGCUGUUGUGCAGAUACAAUCAGCUAUUCGUUGCUGGUUGGCUCAGAGUCAUCUUAACCAACUGCAGAAUUUGAAAAAGUUAAAUCAAGACCGAAAGACUUCGGAGGUGAAAGUUAAACCAGCCAGAAAGACUUCGGAGGUGAAAGUUAAACCAGCCAGAAAGACUUCGGAGGUGAAGCAGGACUUGCCUGCAGAAAUUUUACCUUCUGUUGUAGAAGACCUCGAAAGGCAGGUUAUGGUGGCUGAGGCAAACCUUGAAGAGAAGGAAAAGGAAAAUGCUGCCCUAAAGGAGCAUGUAAAUCAAUUGGAGUCCCGAUGGUCAGAUUAUGAGGUCAGGAUGAGGUCGAUGGAGGAGAUGUGGCAAAAGCAAAUGGCAUCAUUGCAGGUAAUUACAAGCCCUCCCAUGCAUGGCAGCUGUUCAUGAUGAGGACGCUUUUGGUUUUGAAGAUUGCUUUCCUUCAAUGAUUAAAACAUUAGGGGUUGAUAAGUUCAUGGAGGAACUAUGCCAUGGUUUUUGCUUGCUAAUGGAUGUAAGUGUAGGGCUCAUUACAUUUGAAAGCUUGAAGAGGAACACAAUCUUGAUGGGGUUGCAUGAAUUGAGAGAUGAUGAGCUUGUUUGCAUGUUGGCUGAAGGAGAUUUGGAUGGAGAUGGAGCUCUUAAUCAGAUGGAGUUUUGUACACUCAUGUUUAGAUUGAGUCCUGGAUUAUUUAUGGAUCCAUUUUAGAAGUCAGAUUGGAUUUCCAAGAAAUGUAUGAAUAACUAGGAUUUACAAUAUUUAUUCCUAGCUGUAUGUUUUACUAUCGAUCUGUUUUGUUUCUUUAUUUUUCUGCUAGGAGAUUAGCUGAUAAGGAACAUGUACUAAUUGUUCUAUCUUGUAAAAUGAUGGCCAUACUACUGUAUGGUGUUGACAAACAAAAAAAACUUGUGCGGUGAA